AUGCCAGGUUUAGACCCAAACGUUGCAGUUCAUAAACUUGGGAUACUUGAUGAGGCUCGAUGGGUGAAGCAAGCACCACGCCGUUUUCGACCAGAGCUAACAAUCCAAAUAGAAAUCGAGAUUGACAAGCUCAUUGCCGCCGGUUUUAUCAGAGAAGUCCAAUAUCCCACUUGGCUGUCCAAUAUUGUUCCAGUCCUCAAAAGAACUGGGCACUGCGUAUAUGUGUGGACUAUAGAGAGGUGCCAACCAUUCUCGAGGCUUAUGAAGAAGGAUGUUCCGUUUGUAUGCGAUCAGGCAUGCCAAAAUACUUUGGAAAGCAUUAAACAAUACCUGUUGAAUCCGCCAGUUCUUAUGGAGCCAAUUAAAGGGAAGCCUUUAAUCUUGUACAUUGCGGCAUUAGAACGCUCGUUGGGUGCAUUGCUCGCCCAACACAAUGAUGAUGGAAAAGAAAAUGCACUCUACUAUUUGAGCAGAACACUCGUAGAGGCAGAACAAAAUUACACCCCUAUCGAAAAGGCAAUCAAAGGGCAAGCUCUUGCUGAUUUCUUGGCUGCUCAUCCUACUCCUGACAACAUGGAGUUACCUGCUGAUUUGCCUGACGAAGAGGUAUUCACAACAGAAGCACUUACAUGGCUGCUAUAUUUUGAUGGGGCAGCAAGAAGAAACGGAGCUGGGGCAGAAUUAGUGUUCAUCACGCCGUCUGGGGGCUUAAUCCCAUACUCAUUCUCUUUACUAGCUUUAUGUUCUAAUAAUGUGGCAGAAUACGAGGCACUCAUCAUUGGCAUUGAAAUUUCUCUCGAGAUGCAUAUUGACUAUUUGCAAGCAUAUGGUGAUUCACAGUUAGUCGCCAGACACUUGAAUGGCCAAUACGUAGUCAGAAAUGCUACGCUCAUCCCAUACCAUGAAAGGGCAAAGUAUCUCAUGUCACAGUUUCAAGACAUUCAUGUUAGUCACAUCCCGAAGUCAGAAAAUGAUAAAGUCGAUGCACUAGCUAAUUUGGCUGCAUCGUUAACACUACCUGACGAAAGGGAUAUCCAAAUCAUUGUUGGGGAACGUUACUUACUACCCCCAGCUAUAGAGAGAAUUGAAGAAGUUGUUGAUUCAAACGUCAUCAAGGCUUCCGAAUGUGAGGAGGAACCAAAUGAUCUUGAUUGGCCCAAUCCCAUAAUGGAGUAUCUCCAACAUGGCAAGUUGUCAAAUGACUCAAGGAAAAAAGCUGAAAUCCAAUGUAGAGCCACUCAAUUUCUAUACCUAAACGACACCUUGUACAAACAGUCAUUUGAUGGUAUGUUGUUAAAGUAUCUAUCGAAACAAGACGCAACUAAAUCUCUCCAUGAUACUCAUGCUGGUACUUGCAGUGCUCAGCAAGCUGGUCCAAAACUCUCAACAACUGCAUCCGAUAACUUUGUCUUGGCCAUUUGA